GCCUUAUUAUCUUUUAAAACUAAGUUAAAGUCAAAACUUAAGUCAAAACAAAACCAGGAUCUCGAGAACCGUAGAUAUACGCCUAACAGUCUUAUAUCUAUGAGAGAACCGACUACACCAAGGCCCAAACCCCAAGCGACAAGUCGAAGACAACUAUAAUAAAACUUCUUACCGAAAUCAAUUUCGCAUCUUUUUUGAAAUGGAAAGUAUUCCUCCUCAAGCCUUUGUUACGCAAUCUUUGACAUCGGCUGAAGCCAAUCAAAGACUUGUCUCUGAUCUUGAAGACUUUUUAUGUAGUCCACAAUGGAUUUCAUUUCGACAUAUUAUCUGUACAAGGUUUGCUGAAGUAAUGAACUGUUUCUAUCUUUUUUUCGCCAUCUUCAUCUUCUUAGCAUCACUGUUUGAUGAUGAAAUUACCACAUUUGUUGGUGCAUUGCACAUAGUUGAAAUGCUCAUUAUAUUUAUAGUCUUACUUUUUCGUAUAACAAUACUAGUUGUUGACAUUCGGGUACAUACCUUCUGGUAUAAGGAAAGAUGUAUGUCUACAGUUGUUGGUUUCAUUAAAAAGGGUGGCUGCACUUGGACUCAUGAGUCUUAUCCGUCACAGCCAAUGUCCACUUUAAGAAGUCAGGUAACAGUUCCAGGUCUUCGUGACAAUCACAUUGUAAAUAUUCCUUUAACACUCUUAGUUUGUGGGGAUAUUAUUCAACUUGAUUUCAGCCAUCCAUCUCCUGCUAAUGUAAAGAUUAUCAAACCACAGUUUCAUCAUUCUGAUAUAUUGUUGCCUGAGGAACUGAAUGCAGGACAACUGCCUCACAUUCGGUAUAAGAAGGAGAGUGAUAGUAUAAGUUUUAAAGAAAGUGUGAAAGCCUGGUAUAAAGUAACCCAGACACCUUUCUUAAGACGCUUAGCACAGGUUAAUUUAUUUUCUCAUCCCUUGUCUCAUCUUUCUCGUCAAAAAGUCACAGUUGAAUGGUUCAUAAAUGUAUUUUUGGUCCCUUUUACUUUUUUUCUGACUUUAUCAUUCAAUAUAAUUCGGUCGCUGUUUUUUCCUGAGUAUUUUCACUGGUCUGAUAUGUAUCUAGUUUGGCCAACUUUAACCAUUCUUCCUUUAAUAUCUCUUUGUUUGCCACUUCUGUGGACACUUUCCAAUGUUUAUGGACUAUUGCAGUUAGAAUGGUGUUUUGAGGGAUAUUACAAGGCUGGUGUUUGUAGCUUUUCUGUGUUGCUCAGUGUUUUGAAAGCCAUUUUGAUGCCUUAUAGUCAUUUAAAGUACAGCACAUUGCAUUCAUUUGGUAUUGUGUCAGCUGUGUGUGCUGUUGAUAAGGAGUUUAUUCUAACCAGCGGUUUUCCUACCCCUGAAAAAGUUUUCUUCUUUAGAAGUACACCAGCCAAUGAAAAAGAUGGAAAGAGUGCGUUAGAUGACCGUAAUGAUCUUAACAGUACACGAAUUGAAGUUAUCCCAGAAAUUUUAGAUUUAACUCCAACUUCUGCUAAAGAAUCAGGACUAACAUUUGAUGAUCCUAACUGGCAAGAAUACAUUGCUUCUUUAAAGCCUAUCGGUUUAAAUGUUGCUAUUACUUCACAUGCUUUUGGGAAUUUGUCAGUUGUUUCUCCUCCUGUGUCAUUCGGUUUUCAAACAUUUUUUGAUAAAACUCAAUGUUGCUGUAGUUUAGCCCAUGAAAUAGGGGUUUCCCGAUAUGCAAAGAAUAACUUAAACUUUAAAAGUAGCAUUAUUGUGCUUGCACAUGAUAACUCUGAAAAUUUUAUGCCAACUAUUUCUGAUAACAGUUUGGUGAAAGCAAAGAGUCGAUCUUUUUUUCAAAAAGUUCAGAGUGAUAUUCAGUCUCAUAUGCUGGCCAUAUUGUGUUCAGACCAGUUCCAUAAUAGCAUUCUUAUGAGUAGUGGAAGUGCAGAUUUUAUUUCUAAAUAUUGCUGUGACUACUGGGAUGGUCAAGACUUACAGCCUUUGUCAAAUAAUGAGGUAGCAGCAAUUCAUGAUUUUUUUACUAGAAGGAGUUUAUCAUCAUACUGUAUAGCUCUAUCAUAUAAUCCUCUUUAUAAUAAUUCCAUCCCAUUUAAAGGAAAUAUAGGAAUUUCUGUUCCUCAUCAUGUGAUUGACAGGCCAAUCCACCAUUAUUCAUCAUCAGAGAGUGAACUAAUUAUGGAUAAUGCAACGCAUGUCCUUAACUCUUUGUGUAAUCAGGUUUUUGUUGGCAUGGUUUCACUUCAGUAUUAUCCUAAGUCAGAUAUUGUCAGUCUUGUUCAGGAUCUUCGUAACAGUGGUAUACGUUUUAUACAUUUCACUGCAGAGAAUGAGGUAAAGGGAAAAAUCUUUGCUGAGAAGUUGGGUUUAGAAGCGGGUUGGAAUUGCCAUAUUUCUCUUAGUCCAUUUUGUGAUGAAGAGUAUGAGUUUGACAAUGAAUCGCUUAGUAGUAAUGCAUCUAGCUUCACCUCUGUUUUUAAUUUAACACAAGCAUAUAUCAAAGCAAAAUUACCUAAAGGUGUUGAAAAUGUUAGGUCUCAUUUAAAAAAUGUCGAUAAUGUUCCUUUGCUGGUACCUUUGUUUACUGAUUGUUCUCCAGAUGCUGUUGAAGAAAUGUUUAAGAUCAUGCAAGAGAAUGGGGAAGUAGUACUAUGCAUUGGAAAUGCGGCAGUUGUUGACAAUUUGUCAUUGUUCAAACAUGCUGAUAUUGGUCUCAGCAUUCUACCAGCUGGCUCAGACUUAAAAGAAUUUGAUUGCUCUAUGCAUCCAAAUGCUAAUGAUGACAGUGAUGCUUCAUCACCCAUGCGAAUUGCUGCUAGUUUAAAUUCAAUGACUUGUGAGCUUCAGAUACAGAGAAAUGCAGAUGUUAGUUUGCAUGCUACAAUUAUUAAAGCACGGCACUGGCUUGGAUCCAUUCAGAAGUGUCUUCUGUUUGCCUGUGGUGCUUCCAUUGCUUCAUCCUGUUUUCUUGUAUUGUCAGUUUUACUUUUUCUACCCUUACCACUUUCCAGUAGCCACAUGUUUUGGUUUUUAUUGUUUAAUGUUCCUGUGGUGUCACUUUCACUUCUAUUUAAUAAAAUGGAUAAUGAAAUGGAGAUGUUAAUGCCUGAUCGCACUGUUCCAGCCGGAAUCAAAGACAUUCAACAAUUUGUUGUUUAUUUUGUUAUAACUUACUUUCCAGCUGCUGUUGUCUCACUAUUACUUUUUAAUCUGAGUUUGGAUGGAUUAUGCCAUGCUCAGAGUGGGUUCACGUGUAACUUCAUUCUUGGAAAUACAAAUAGCAGUCAAGGUUUUCAAUUAGGUUGGAGAGGUUUAAACUAUCAAGGUUAUACCUUAGCUCAAGAUUGCACAAUCUUUUUCUUCACUCUGUAUGUCAUGACAUCUAGCUUAAUGUUUAUACACCAUAGCAAGCCCAUAUGGAAACUAUAUAAGUACAUUAAUUGGCCUUACAUAGUGUCACUUGUUGUGGUGUUAGCCUUUGAAUUGUGCUAUUUGGUUGUUUCACAGGUGAUUACCAGAUAUGGAGUUGAUAAUAAUGGCAUAGUGUGGUCUGUAAGUGCAGUUCCUUCAUAUUUUUGGGUUAUUGGAAUUAUUUGGCUUUUGUUGCAACUUGUACUACAGGAAUCAGUGAAGUAUCGUAUCAGAAAGAAGUUCAUUCAUUCACAAAGAAAACUUCGUCUUUCAUUUCAGACAAAGCUUGGUAUGAAUUCACCUUUUUAAGGUUCUGUGUCUCUAAACAAUGUGACUCACUCAGUUAUCAAAACUACUUGGUUCUGUUUUGUUUUUGUAUGUUAUUUAUUCUGUUAGGCAGUAACUUCAAGCUAAACAUUGAUAAUAAUUGAAUGUUGUGAUUUUUAAAUAAUUUUUAAUUUUAUUACUUUUUAUGUAACUGUAUGUAUUUGGUGGAAAGUAUGAAAUAAUAUUAACUUAGAGAAGAGAACAGUUUAAAUUUAGUGGUUGUGACACAAAUUAAAUUGAUAUUAAAGUUUAGCAUGAGACACUUAUUAUUGUGUGUAUUAAUUGGUUAUGCUUGUUUGGUUAUCAUGUUAUCUA